UGUUGUUUUACUACGAUUGUUGAUGAUUCAAGAAAGGGAGGAUUACGUUCCAACUAUUAUGCUGUUGGCGAUGCAUGUUAGUCAUUUAACAAUAUUAUAUUGGAACGCAGAUUUAAUUAGAUCUGAAAGUAUGCAGUUAGCGCAACAUGCAUAUUUAUAUUCAGAUUGGCAUAAGGGAAACACCAGAUUCAAGUUUUUGAUCCAAAUUUUUAUACUUAGAACUCAAGGACCCCUUAGCUUAGCUAUUGGGCCUUUUGGUGAGAUGUCAAAUUUGGCAUUUAUUAGUGUUUUGAAAGCUGCCUUUUCAUAUCUGACAUUUUUCAGAAAUGUAUACAAAGUCGAUUAAUCAUGUCAUCUUAUCAAUCUUGGAAGUUCAUUCUAUUAGGGAAAUUACACUAUAUAAACUAUAUAGUUUACAUAUAUUAUGUAUGUAUAUUAAUAUGCAAGUGAAUAGUAUAUUGGCAAUUUGUCUAAUCAAUCACAAAUUUAUCUAAGGCUGUGUUUAUCACUGGAUUGUUUUGUUGCCUAUGAGGUAUUAUGCAAAUUCCACA